AUGUCUCGCUUUCUACACACCUCCCUUGCCCUCUCCUCCAUUUUAUGGCUGCCUCUCUGCACUCAAGCCCAUAUGCAGAUGAGCUGGCCAUACCCCCUGCGAAGCCCCCUUGAUCCUGAUGUCCCCACUGACGAAAAAGACUAUGAUAUGACGUCCCCAUUGUUUCCGGACGGUUCUAACUUUCCAUGCAAGAACUACCAGAAUGACACAGAUGGGUAUGUGACCAAAGCAACCUACUUAGCCGGCGGCACCUACGAGAUGUGGAUAAAUGGGACGGUCGAACACGACGGAGGCUCUUGUCAACUAUCGCUCUCUUACGACAACGGAGCUACGUUCAAAGUCAUCAAGUCCAUGAUUGGCGGAUGUCCCUUGACGCACAACUACAACUUCACGAUUCCGACCUUUGCGCCUUCCUCGGAUUCGGCGCUCCUUUCCUGGUCCUGGUUCAAUAUCGUCGGAGAUCGCGAGAUGUAUCAAAAUUGUGCGAGAGUCCAAAUCGUGGGCGGACCGAGCGUGCGGCAUCGACGAGGCUCUCCUUACAGACGCCAGGCUUCUCCGAUGGAUCAACUACCGAACAUAUUCGUGUGCAACGUUGGCAACGGCUGUCAGACCAUCGAGCGGCAAGAAGUGGUGUUUCCAGAUCCCGGUACCGAUGUUGUCUAUGGCCAGGAUGCCAUCGUCCCCGAUCCAGGGCCGGGGUUUAUUGGUGCUAUACCCGCAUCAGCGUUCACGAGUCAGAGUGUGCCUUACUCGACUACCACGACAACCUCUGAUCCUGCAUCCUCAACAUCUGCUGUUGGAAGUACAACCGUGGAUCCCGCAGCGGACCUAUUCUUCACCACGACGACUGCCACCGCUGUGAACACGACCUCAACCUCGCUCCCACCUUUCCCUUUUCUCAACGGCACAACUUCUUCCGCCACUUUUGCUACGGGAACAGGGGACCUUAGUGCUGCUAACGUCACAGGAGGUGCGGUAUUCAAUAUUGCUUCCACAACUACAUCCACCGUUCUGAGCACGACAACCACAACCUCCCUCCCUCCCUUUCCAUUGACGAACGGCUCGACCACUGCCGCCCUUGCUCUCUCAGGGACCGGGGCCAUUUUUGCUAACCUUACAGACAUUGUUGUAUUUAAUCUUGCUGACUCGACGACUUCCACGACUUCUUUGAUGACGACCACGACUUCCACGACAUUAUUGACCACGAUGACACCGACUACGACUUCGACGACAUAUGAAAUCACGAACAUCUUUGCGACCACAACGACGACCCGCCCGACCUCAUCGUUUAUCAGAAGGACAGGCACUUUUUCUACGUUCACAAGAACGAGCGUUACACGACCAACCACGUUUACGACUUUGAUACGCUUCGACGACGACGACAGCACCACUACCACCUCCACCACCUCUACUACCAGUAUCACCACCACCUCUAUCACCAGCAUCACCACCACCACCACCACCAUCUCUCCCACCGUAUCUCCCACCUCCCUCCCCCUCCCCUGCGUCCCCGGAACAUUCACCUGCAACGACGCCUUGAGCUUCUCGCAAUGCAUCAGCACCGACAGUUCCACCACGACGUACGUGUACAUGGGCUCCGUGGCUCUGGGGAUGACGUGCGUCAACGGCCAAAUCAUCCGCGAGAACGACGGGCCGUGCACCCCCAACGGCGCACUCUCCUGCAACGGCGACAGGGCCUUCUACCUGUGUGACCAGGGCGGACUCAUCGACAUGGGCCCCGUCGCGCCGGGCACGAUCUGUCAAGACGGUGGGAUCGUCGCUGCGACAUGA